GGGGGAUAAGAAACCCAGCAGUAUUUGGGGGGGAAGAACGAACACACAAUGAACUGAUUUGAGUGAGUAAAGAAGUAAGUGAAUUGGUUGAUGAUGUUAAUGGAGAGGAGAAGAUUGUACGAUCAAUUGGGGGAGAUAAAGAAAGGUCCGUGGAAACCAGAGGAAGAUGCAGUUCUGCUCAACCAUGUCAGGAAGUACGGUCCCAGAGACUGGAGCUCCAUUCGAUCCAAAGGCCUUCUUCAGAGAACCGGCAAGUCUUGCCGCCUCCGAUGGGUUAACAAACUCCGACCCAACUUGAAGAAUGGGGUGAAGUUUUCGGCGGAGGAGGAAAGAAUCGUGAUAGAUCUCCAAGCGCAAUUUGGGAACAAGUGGGCGAAAAUUGCGACCUACUUGACAGGGAGAACAGACAAUGAUGUGAAGAACUUUUGGAGUAGCAGGCAGAAGAGGCUGGCAAGGAUUCUGCGCACUCCAGCAGCAGCAUCAUCAUCAUCUUCAUCCCACAGGUCACACAGAAACAAGCAAGCCCCUGUUAUUCAUGCUGUUCCCACCCUGGAGGCACCCAAGUUUAGCUUUUCGGGUGGGGAAGAAUCAUCAUCCCAGUAUUGUUCAAUGAAUUACAUUCUUAAGUCUGAGCCUAUUCAAAUGGUGCCAUUGCCAGAACUGAUCCGUCCCAUCUCACUGAAUUAUGAGCAUACUUUCUUUCCACCGGCGUUCAUGGAGAUAGAGAGUAAGCCGAGUUUGGAGGCACUACCACAUCUUUGCUUUCCUCAGGCUCCUCCUCAAAGCCAGUCAGAAUAUACAACUCCUCUAGAAAACGAAGACAUUGACACAAACCUUGGGGAUCCUAACUAUCUGGAGGCUUUCGGGAACAGCAGUUCUUCUGAAUUAGGUGAUGUGUUGCUGCCCUUCAUGCCUACGUGUUUCGAAUUACCUAGAAGCCCUCAAGUUUCUCAGGGACAGAAGGACAAUUCUGUGACACCAGACAGUUUAAUGGAUGAUUUCCCUAUAGAUAUCUUUGAUCACAUUGAACCACUUCCUAGCCCAUCAGACUGGUGAUGGGGUGUCAGAGAACUAUCUUCUCUCAAUGCGAUAGUAUUGUUGUAUUAAGAUUUCAUUCUGUUCUGUAAUUCCUUGUAGUCUCAGUAGUUCCACCAUUUAGCUAGAUUGAACUAAUGGUAGCUUGUUUCCUCUUUAGAAUGGGCAUCAUUAGUCUAAGCUGAUUUCUGA